AUGGCAUCGAGUUCGAGUUCGUCACGACGGCUCGUGUCGGGCGCGAGCCAGGAAGGCUUGAAGCAUCUGUACCGCACUCUGCUUCACCAAGCACGUCUGCUAUCAGCCACAUUCAACGAUCCCAUCCUCUACAGCUCGCACCGCUUCCUUGCGCGCAAGAACAUCGAACCGCUUCUCACCUCGUCUCCGCCAAGCGAGGGAUGGCCACCGUCGACAGCGUCCAAGCGGCUCGCACGCGCACGGCUGCAUCGUCGUCAGCUCGCAGAUGCCAAUCACGGCUGGGAACAUGCAGUGCACCGUGCGCUCUCGCUCGCGUAUGCGCGCAGCGGAAAACUGCGCCGCGAUGCCCUCUCCGACCUCUCACCCAAGCCAGCCCCCAGCGCGCAGCUCGAUGAAGGAGAGGUGCCGCGCGCAGAGCAGGUAUCUCCAGUGCUACUGGCGAUUAUGACGAAUGCAGCUACGAUGAACGGGGCAGCAGUGAAAAUGGCAGCGCACAUGACGGAAAGACCUCCGCCGCCGUUUUUGCCCAAAGAGGACGACCCGCUCGUGACGAUGUUUGGCCGCGCCAAGCGAGCGAGAACGCUGCAGAAUGCAAUGGCCAGGUAUAGGAGGACGUAUCUGCGCAAGAUCAAGCUGCCCAUCGACGUCGUCUCGGCCGAAACUCCCGCUCCGUCGCUCUUUGCGCAUCUCGAGAACUUGGCUCGAGGCCAGGGCCCUAGAGUGGGAGAUCGACCGUACCUUGCAGCCGCUCGGGGGGCGGUGGAGAUGUACCGAUCGGAUGUGUCUGGUGCUGCACAUCGAAAGCGGUCGUUGAGAGUGCACGGCUGGUCGUCGCAUCCCAAACACUACACCGCAAGAGCACAACGUCGACUUUACGGCCGCAUCCUCUGCGAUGCACCACUGCUCAUCAUCCCCGCGGCGAACGAGAUGGAUGUGGCAAAGGCGAAGAACGACCCUCUCGGGAUAAGGGCGCGUCUGAGAGCUGCUCACCAAGUAGCAAUCGACGAGAAAACGCCGCCAGGGAAGAUGCGCGCCGUCACCUCGAGCUUGGCUGUAGGCGCGUCUAGUAAGGGCCGAGCCGAGUCGCCAGGCCAAGGCAAGGAAGUGCAGCACUUGCUCGCACCCUCAGAGGUGCACUUUCUCAAGCAGAACGGGCUGCUCUAG